AUGCUAACCGCUGUCUGCGGCUCUCUGGGCAGCCAGCACUCGGACGCGCCUCACGCCUCCCCUCCGCGCCUGGACCUGCAGCCUCUCCAAACAUACCAGGGCCACACGAGCCCGGAGGCCGGGGACUACCCCUCCCCGCUGCAGCCUGGAGAGCUGCAGAGCCUCCAGUUGGGCCCCGAGGUGGACUUCUCACAGGGCUAUGAGCUGCCAGGAGCCUCCUCUCGAGUAACCUGCGAGGACCUGGAAAGCGACAAUCCCUUGGCCCCGGGACCCUUUUCCAAGCUCCUGCAGCCGGACAUGUCACACCAUUACGAAUCGUGGUUCCGGCCGACUCACCCGGGCACUGAGGAUGGCUCGUGGUGGGACCUUCAUCCGGGCACCAGCUGGAUGGACCUCCCCCACACUCAGGGCGCGCUGACCUCACCUGGCCACCCGGGGGCGCUUCAGGCCGGCUUAGGGGGCUACGUUGGAGACCACCAGCUUUGUGCCCCACCAUCCCACCCACACCCGCACCACCUCCUCCCAGCAGCCGGAGGGCAGCACCUCCUGGGGCCUCCCGACGGGGCAAAGGCCUUGGAAGCUGCUGCUCCGGAGACGCAGGGGCUGGAUUCCAGUCUGGACGGCGCGGCCCGGCCCAAAGGCUCCCGGCGGUCAGUGCCCCGCAGCUCAGGUCAGACCGUGUGCCGCUGCCCCAACUGCCUGGAGGCGGAGCGACUGGGGGCUCCGUGCGGGCCCGAUGGGGGCAAGAAGAAGCAUUUGCACAAUUGUCACAUCCCGGGCUGCGGGAAAGCCUACGCCAAGACGUCGCACCUCAAGGCGCACCUGCGUUGGCACAGCGGCGACCGUCCCUUCGUGUGCAACUGGCUUUUCUGCGGCAAGCGCUUCACGCGCUCCGACGAGCUGCAGCGCCACCUCCAGACCCACACCGGCACCAAGAAGUUCCCCUGUGCGGUCUGCAGCCGGGUCUUCAUGCGCAGUGACCACCUGGCCAAACACAUGAAAACCCACGAGGGCGCCAAGGAGGAGGCUGCCGGGGCCGCCACCGGCGAGGGCAAGGCCGGAGGAGCAGUGGAGCCCCCCGGGGGCAAAGGCAAGCGGGAGGCGGAGGGCAGCAGCGCAGCUCCCUCCAACUGA